ACAUCUGGUGUCAAAGAUUAGUGAUAUGAAAGAUAUCAUGUUCUAUGAAACUACAUAGGAUUUCUUUCCUAUAGUAAUUACCAUGAGGUUGUUAGUUCAGGAUUGAAGGGCAGACAGAAUUCAGUCAUUUAGAAGCUGGAUCAUGGCAGAAAUGUUAGAACAAGAAGACAACUUGGCCCUUCAGGUUGAAGAAGUUGAAGCUCUCAGAGCUAUUUAUGGAGAAGAGUGGAAAGUAGAAGAUUCUUCAGGAAACUCUUACAGUAUAGAGAUAAGGCAUAAAUCUGCAGAACAUUCUGUUGUGUUGAAGGUAAUUCUUCCACCAGAAUACCCCCUACAUUCACCACCACUCUAUCAAUUCAGUGCCCCAUGGAUGAAAGGAUAUCAGAAAGUGGAACUCUCGACUGCACUGGAAGAUAUAUAUUUCAACCAUUCUGGUGAAAGCAUUCUUUUCAUGUGGAUUGACAAAAUCAGAGACUAUCUAGAUAUUUGGGACACAUGUGGUAAUAAUAUCCAAGACACCAGUGAAUCAAUUGCUGAGGAAUAUGUUGACUUCAAUUUUGAAAAGUACAAAAAUGGUGGAAGUUCUCAACAGAAGUGUUCAGAUUUUGAAACACCUCGUAUAUAUCAUGGAGAAACAAUCGUUGACAGAAAAAGCACUUUCCAAGCUCAUUUAGCUCCUGUAGUUUGUGUGGAACAGGUGCAACAAAUCAAGACAAAACUAAUGGAGAACAGAAAGAUAGCCAGUGCAACCCAUAAUAUUCUGGCAUACAGAAUAUACAUAGAAGAUACAAAGAGUUUUCACCAAGACUGUGAUGAUGAUGGAGAGACUCAUGCAGGAUCUCGACUACUUCAUUUACUGGAGAUCCUUGGGGCACAGAAUGUUGUGGUAGUAGUUUCUCGGUGGUAUGGAGGUAUUCUUCUUGGUCCAGACCGUUUUAAACACAUCAACAAUGCUGCGAGAAUUGUUCUACAACAUUGUGGCUAUAUAACUGACCAGAAAAGUGGAACUGACCCCAAAGGAAAAAAGAAAAAAACAAGAUGAGUGGUCACACACAAAGAGACCUAUAACAUUGGAAGUAAAUGACUUUAGCUCUAAAUAAAUAUAUUCAUAAUAUAAAAUUUUGUAUGGGUUUUUUAUAUAUUAAGAAAAAAAUUUGUUCUCUAAAUAUAUAAAACUCUUAUUAUCUCAUUCUGUGUCAACAUUUGUUGGAAUAGUUGACUCUGCAUUGUUUUAAUAACUACUAGCUGAUAUACCCAUUUCAUGCAUGGGGAAGACAUUGUGGGUACCAAAGAAUGGUCAGAUCAGAAUGUUGUCCCAUCUCUUGUCAUUCUAUGGGGUACGUGCCAGGUUUGGUGAAAGUCUGUCAAACAGUUUCCCAGUUAUAAGGGGACACACACAGACUUUUAUAAUAGAAUGGUUUAGAUGUAUAUUUGAUGAUUAAUAAUAUGCAGCAUCAAAAGAGUAGGAUAAUUAAAAAUAACCAUAGUAUGUUAUUCAAACUCAGCCUGGAUGAGUAAUAAGUGAAGAAAUAGCAUAUGGAAAGCUUGCAAUAACCCUCUCUCCAUCGAUAUUAUCUUCUACACGUCACAAGCUUUUAGUGAGUUACAUUCAAAAUUUAAACUAUCUUUUUAUUGUAUAUCAAUAUAUAUUGCAUAAAAACGUAGCUAAUAGUAUAUAUAAGUUUUAAGUUCUUACUUUUAUAAGGCAAUAUUUAAAAAAACAAACAAACUAGAAUUUCCCCUAGAAUGAGAAUUGGGAUAUUUGCUUUCUAGGCAUCUCCUCUUCUCUAAUUUAUUUACCACCCCUCCAAGAA